UAAUAUCUGGUCUAAGACUGUUGUGUAGUAAACUCUUGACUAUACUACUCAGAUGGCCUAAUAGACAUCAUUAAUUUAUAAAGGCCUGAUUCUGUCGUGUGUAAUGUGCAGUCAUGUGUAAUCAGUGUGUUUGGAGUGGCGGGUAGAAAAGCUGCUGUGAUCAAAGAAGAAAAUAAUGAAAGUGUAAGUUCAGUACUGUCUAAUAAGCUCUGGUAAGACUUUGCUAUUUUAUUUCUAAGAGAGGUAGGAUCUUUUCUGUAGUUUGUGCUUUAUUGUUUAUGACUCAGACGUGUCUGUUUUUGUGUUCCUCUCGAGUGACGGCCGCGCCAGAUAGAAUGUCUUUCUUCCUCUGAAAAUGCCUUGAAGUCUCUUGGGAACUUUGAGUUAUUUUUGCUGCUUUUAAAGGCUUCACGUCUGUAUUCAUCCUGUGGAGAGCACCGGGGGAAAAAACUGCCCACCUCCCAUUUCCAUUCCCUCAUCCACUCCUGUUUCUUCAUCUUUCUGUUCUCUCAAUAUCGUAAAGUGUCUUAGUGCAUUUGUGGUUGGAUGUUUUGCAUUUUUUCUUUGUUUGCAACAUCUGGAGCAUUAAUGGUGCUGUAUCUGUGGAUGCUAAAAGUAAAUGGAUGGAUGUUGAGGUAUUAGUGUGGUAGUCGAAGGGCAAAAGAUGUGACCCGUCUCUUGGACCAGCGCUCUCCGAGGUGUGUUAGAAAGGGCUUGCCAUGGUCACCAAAGACAACGCUAACUCUGGCUCUAUUGGAAAGACAACCUGUGUGAAGAAGCAAAAGUGUAUGAUGAACAAUUCUCAAAAGGCUGGGAAGCUUUUCAGGGACCCGCAGAAGACUAUAUUUGAACCUGAACUGACCUUAGAGGUCACAGCUGAUGAUGGAAGGAAAUCAAAUCCGACAGAGGUCGCAGCGAACGGUGUUUUAGAAAAUGCUGUGAAUGAACAGACAUGUAAUGUAUGGAGUGUUUCCAAUCUCCAAAAUCUGAAAGAGAUGCAAUAUCUGCACCACGAGGCCGAGGAUAGUCUAAUCGACGCGUCACUGGACAUGGACAAGUCGUCUCUCAUGGGUUUCAUCGACUCCAGUAACCUGGAGAGCUCGGAGGAUGUUCAGACCGUUCCGUGCAUCCAGGUGGACGUUAAAACGGAUGUGGUGCUGAUUGAUGAGGAUGAUGAUGAUAUGUCCCUAAGGGAGAGGACAGUGACGGACAUGUCUACUACAGACGGGAACGCGGCCGAACUUGUGUGUGGGCGUCUUCAGUCAAUCUCCUCUGACUCCUCCCACUCUUUGUGUGAUGGGCGGAGUCAAGAGCAGGGCUCGACCAUGGAGACGCCUCAUGAGGAGCAGGAGCUGCCCAAUACACACAAACGCUCCUGCUGCCUCUGUGUUAUCAUAUGAGGUUUCUUUAAAAAGGGCCAAUAUUUUACACUUUUUGAACCGUAUUUUUUUUCUCAAAAAUAAUUUUAUAAUGUUAAGGCCUGUUCACAUCAAGGAUGAUAAAGAUGACAAUAAUGUCAACUAUAUAAUUUUGUUCUGUUUAUCAUGAGCACACACUGCAGUUUUGUUGUCUGUCACUUUAAAUGCUUGAGCGGAUUCUGAUUGGCUGUCAAUAUUUUUCUCGUUCAUCAGCUGGUUGUCAGAAUAUGCAAAAUGGAAAUACUCGCGGACUUUCUAACAUUUACAGAAAAGGAUAUAACCAUAAAAUGUAAGUUAUGCGGAAACCACGUGUCAAAGGCAGUAAACAGCACGCGCAUCUGUCAAAACACAAGAGUGGACGACAUGGUAAACGCUUAUGCUUUUGUUUGAAGCGCUUAUAAAUAUAAAGCAAGUUUCGGACAUCCUGGAUCACGUACCUUUCACAGAGCAGCUCUCUCUGUGUCCUCCGCUAUUUUCCAUAUGCGUUUUGUCUAUAGAAAUGGGUUAUUCACUACUGUAAAUCGAUGUGACUGGCUAAAGGUUUCCGAUGGUUUCCGAGCACAGCGCGCAGAGGCAACUAAUCACGAAUAAUUCGUUGUCGAUUAUUUCCAUUGUCGAUAAUAAUCGAUUUAUCGAUUUAUUUUGAAGCCCUAAUAUCUUUAUUGUUAUAGUUAUCGUCCUUGGUGUGAACGUACCUUUAGUAAAGGUUUCUUGCACCCAAAACUCAAUUAAUUUAGUUUUCCAUGACCACUUUUAAAUCUCUCUCUCUCUCUCUCUGACCCUUAUAAUUAAACAAGUCAUAAAAUGGCAUUUGUAACCUAUUUUACUUUCAUAAUGUGACAUGUUUCCUAGUGAAAGAAUAUUUUAAUGAGGAAAAGGUAUAGGGAAGGACAUUUUAUAAUGUUAGUAAAGGUCAUAAUCAAAUUGUUCAUAACCAUUUUUAAAUCUCUCUUGAACCCUUAGAAUUAAACAAGUGCAUUUUCCUAUUAAAGUCAUAACAUGAUGUUUGUAACCUAUACUUGCAUAAUAUGACAUAUUUCCAAAUGAUAUUUCCAAUAUUUUAAUGAGGAAAAGAUAGGGAAGGACUCAAAUUUACUUAUUGGAUCAUGAAAAGUGGAGCUCUUUUACAUCAGAAGAAGAAAAAGCCUGUUUUCCAUGAUAUGCCUUCUGAAGGAGUAAAUUUGUUUCUGCAUGGGCACAGUGGCUGUGAGGAAAUGGUUUAAGGUUUUGAAAGCUGAUGCUGCCAGUCAUAGCUAGUUUAAACCUAACCACAUUUUUUUUUUUUUUUUUUUUAAUUUGGGCUGCUUUUCCUGUGCGUCUGGCACAAUUGUGUUUUUGUGAAUUAUACAUUUUGUGUGUGUUUGUCUUUUAUCUCAGUUGUGCUGUAACCCUGGGCUUGUGAAAUAUUCAGUGCUGAGCUGAGUUUGUAAGAGGUCAGAAAGCACCGCUGGAAAUGUGCAGCAGUCAGGUGGAGGAAAUGCUUUUUCAUCUCAGUGAAGGUUUCCGGAUAAGCUGAGAGAGGACCAGAGCUACACCUCCAGAAAGAUAGCCCAUCAGCGGAAAUUGAAGAUGGGUGUAUUCACAGCAGUUUGGCAGCUUUCAUAAACAGCAGCCAAAAAUAGUCAUAAUCAGCAUGUGGCCAGUGAUGGUGCAAUUCCUGUGGCCAUAAGAAUGAGCAGGUUCCCUCUCAUACAGAGCGACAUUUAACUGAAUGUGUCAGCGCUGAUGAUAAUAGAUGCUCAUUACAAACCGCACAGACCGCUGUGUCCUUCAGAAAGCUGAGAGGAGAUGUGUUUGACCUUAACUAACCGUUCUGUGCCCCACUCAUUCACCACUAUCAACAGAGUUCAGAAUGGAGGAGGAGGGUCUUUAGGGGGAAAUUAGGAGAAAUGUGGAGCAGAACAGUGAUACAUUGAGUUUGCAAGAAGAGAGGAGAGGAAAACAGCAAUGACAGUCGAAAGAGUGGCCUUAUGCUUCCUGAUAAUUCAAAGCAUCUUUAAAGAUGUAAGAGUGAAGGCAGACACAGUGGAUGUUUGUGCCUCUUGCCAUAAAAAUGCUACCUGUGAUGAUAAAACUGAUGGAUCUGGAGGGAAAGUGUGCAACUGCAUGUAUGGAUUUGUCGGCAAUGGAAGGACUUAUUGCCAAGAUAAAGAUGAGUGUCAGUUGGGCAGAAUCUGUGGCGAUCACACCAAGUGUCACAACACGUACGGCAGCUAUUACUGCACCUGUCUUGCAGGCUACAGCCCUUCCAAUCACAUGAACACAUUCAUACCCAAUGAUGGAACGUACUGCCACGAUAUAGACGAGUGCAGCGUACAGGGGGUCUGUGGUGAAGGAGGACUCUGUCAAAACACAGAAGGAGACUUCACCUGCUCCUGUCAGACGGGUUACACAGUCCAGGAUGGAUCAGAACCCUUUAAUCCAAACCGAGAUGCAGCUUACUGCAAGAUGAUAGAUUGCGGGUCUCCUCCUUCAGUCCUCCACGCUGAGCAGCUCUCCCCCACCAUCACACACUACAACAGUGAACUCCAGUACGGCUGCAGGGAGGGAUUUCAGUGGAAGAGAGGACAGAAUUCCUCCAUCUGUGGUCUGGAUGGAAAGUGGCACGGACCAAGUUUGGUCUGUGAAGAAGUGGACUGUGGGGAGCCUCAUGUUAUACCUCAGUCAAAAUUGGUUUGGAAUAACAUCUCUCGAAUGGGAUCAUUGGCGCUGUAUGUGUGUGACCCACAGUUUUAUAACAGUGGACGUGAGAAUGUGUCAGUAUGUACUGCUCAUGGGACAUGGAGCCGUCCUGACUUCCAGUGUGAAGAAAUACAGUGCGGUUCUCCUCCGGUCCUGCCUCACUCAGUGUUAGUGUGGAACGGUGUCAGUAAGAUUGGUUCUGUGGCUCUGUAUAACUGUGUAACUGGAUAUCACAGUAUGGAUACAGGAAAUGUGUCCGUGUGUAAAACCAACGGUCAGUGGAGUAACCCAGACUAUUCUUGUGAAGAGAUUGUGUGUGGGGAGCCUCCUAUUCUGCCCCUCACUGUACAGAUAUGGAAUGGCAGAGUCACAUUUAACAGCACUGUAACAUAUCACUGCAAACACGGUUACUAUCCUAAACAAGGACAUAAUAUAUCUGUGUGCGCUGAGAACGGUUAUUGGACAAAACCAACUCUGUUGUGUGAAGAGGUGAAUUGUGGCAUACCGCCUUCUCUCCCCCUCUCUGUUAUGAUAUGGAGAGGAGACACUAAAGUUGGAUCCAGUGUGUCUUAUAUGUGCGUUGAAGGAUUUCAUAAUGUUAGGGAAGGAGAUGCGUCAGUUUGCGAUUCAGAGGGAAUCUGGAGUCUUCCUGAUUUUCUGUGUCAAGAAGUAGACUGUGGCGUCCCCGUCUCACUGCCUCACUCAGUUGUGUUGUGGAAUAACAGCUCCGGUCUGGGCUCUGUGGCCCUGUAUGUGUGUGAAGCUGGAUAUCGCACUGUGGGUGAAGGGAAUGUGUCACUGUGUAACUCUAAUGCAAAGUGGAGCAAAGUUAACAUGAGAUGUGAAGAGAUAAACUGUGGGCCUCCCCCAGAAUUCCCACUAACAGAUAUAAACUGGAACAAAGCAUCUACACUGGGCAGUGUGGUUCAGUACAAAUGUAAAUAUGGACUCGAACAGGAGGGUGACAAAAACACGUCAAAAUGCACAUCAGAUGGAACAUGGGAAAAAGUGUCUGUAACAUGUACAGUACAUUGUGGUCCUGCACCAGAGGUGCCGCACGCAGAGGUAGCAUGGGACAACAGCACUGCAGUGAUCCACCGCUGUGCUGAAGGACACUAUAGACACGCAGGAAGUGACAUUUCAAUAUGUGAUAUCACAGGAAAAUGGCAGAUAGCCACCCUACAUUGCAAAGAGCUGAAACUCACAAUUAAUGAUCUGGUGGUGAUUAAUGAAAGAUGUCUUCGCUGGAAUGCAGAGAAUGAGGGAAAUAGGGAGACAUACACAGUGACGUUCGUUGGAUUGCGAGACUUUGAUCAGCUGUUCAGUGACAGAAGAAAAAAGAUGUUCAGCUCCACGGCCCCGUUGCCUGUUCUCUGUUUAAAUCUCUUGCCUGCUACAAACUACACCAUAACCCUUAUAGCCGAGUCCACACGUGCCACGUCUACAGUGACAGCAAACACUAGCAUACCAGUCCCCCCCACACCAGAAAUCAAAUACAGUGAAGUAGAGGCUUCAUCGCCCACUCUCAAGUUACGGAGAUCGACGAACACACUUGACUCGAUAUGUAUGUACCAGGUGUUCGUGUUACCAGUCGGUGGCGUGAUGCUGUUUGACUGCAGCUCGUCUGUAAGUCCGCGGUUCUUCUCGCAGCAGAGAUGUGACCAAGGGUACGUCACGGCACAGAUACAGCUCAGCGGUCUCGGUGCAGAAUUAAACUUCACCGUAGGGGAUCAGCAGCUGUAUGGAGACUUCUUCAACGCACCUCUGGAAAACGGAAAGGACUAUUAUAUUAUCCUCCGCACUGUAUGCCAGUGGGGAAAGUCUAGAACACAGUCUUGUGUAAUCUGGGCUAAGACCAGAGGAACAUCCUACAUCAUGAAGAUAUCUGCUCUUGUAACUGUUGGAUUCAUAAGUGCUGUUGGCUCAGUCGUUGUCAUAGGAUAUUGGUACAGCUGGUACUGUAAAAAGUCCAGGUCCAGAUAUUUUUCUCCAGUUUUAUAAACCAUCUUAACACACCGAUUCCUUUGUUCUGAAAUAAAGCUGAACUGAUUGUGAUACUGA